AAGAACCAACGGGUAGUUUUCGAGGGAGGAGACCGGGAAGGGCCAAAUUUCGAGCAAGAAAAGCAACCGUUAAGCCGAGUGAUCAAGAAGAGGGCGAACAUGAACAUGUGUGGGAUAGCCCAGUCGAAUUCGUCCUUUCUCUUAUCAGUAAUUCAGUCGGUCUUGGAAAUGUUUGGCGUUUUCCAUAUUUAGCCGCAAAGAAUGGCGGUGGUGCUUUUCUAAUUCCAUAUUUCAUAAUAUAUUUUCUUGUUGGUGCUCCACUAUAUUUUCUUGAAUUGGCACUUGGGCAAUUUUCUAGUCGAAGUCCAUCGAGCUCAUUUAUCUUAGCUCGAGGAUGGCGAGGCGUCACGAACAGAACAAAUGAUGAAUCACAACCUGCAACAACUGAAUUCUUUAAAACUCCUGACAGAAGUAAUGGUUUUGAAAAUUAUGGAACACCAGGAGCGUACUCAACAACCGCCUUAUUAGUGGCUUGGAUCAUUGUUGCAUUAUGCAUUAUUCGAGGUGUAAAGAGCACUGGAAAAGUUGCUUAUUUUACGGCUAUAUUUCCUUAUAUUGUCUUGCUUAUACUAAUAAUACAAAGUGGAACACUUAAGGGCGCCAGAGAAGGUGUUUUGUUUUAUAUUACUCCUAAAUGGGAUCUUGUUGGUAACUUCGAAGUGUGGCAGAAAGCUGCUUCCCAAGUAUUCUUCUCUCUAGGUCUAUCUUUUGGCUCACUAAUCGCUUACAGUUCGUCUAAUAAAUUCCAUAACAAUAUCUUCAGACAAUGCAUAAUUGUGGUUAUAUGUGAUUGUUUUACCGGUGUAUUUGCUGGAUUUGCUGUGUUUUCAACAGUUGGCUUUUUAGCUAGAGAACUUAAUACAACAGUGGAGGCAUACGCGGAUAGUUCUGGGCCGGGACUGGCAUUUAUCACCUAUCCAGAAGCUAUAACACAUAUGCCCGCAGCACCGUUUUUUGCUGUCAUAUUUUUCCUUAUGUUAUUAGCUUUGGGACUUGGUUCACAGUUUGCGGGAACGGAUGUCGUUAUAACGGCUAUCAUCGACUUUUUUCCUCGAUUCAGCAAUAGACGGUACCUUGUUGUCCUAGUUGCAUGUAGUGUAGCAUUUCUCCUGAGUUUACCACUCACAUGUCCAGGUGGUAUCUAUUUAUUCGAACUGUUACAAGAAUAUUCGGCAAAUAUAUCAUUAGUAGUGGUUGGACUAUUUGAAGUUAUCGCCGUAGCAUACAUUUAUGGGUUCAAUACAUUUAUGGACGAUAUCAAAAUGAUGCUUGGAAAACGAGUUGCAGAAUAUUAUCUUUUUUUGACAUGGAGAAUAACUGCACCGAUAUUAAUGUUGGUAGUGACAGUUUCACAAUUAAUUUCAACCCAAAAGCUCGUUUAUGACGGUUAUGUGUAUCCAGAUUGGAGUCUUGGUGUUGGAUGGACAAUAUUUGUCAUUUGUAUAAUACCCUUUCCCUUAUUUUAUCUAGUCAAAUAUAUACAAAUAUUUAGGGAUUUACCAUCGACACCAUCGGACAUGCCUCGUUAUUUGCAAGCAUUUCGAAUAGCAAAUUCUCCAAGAGAAGAUUGGGGUCCAAAAAAGGAUAUUAACCGUAUCGGUCGUUAUCAACCAAUGGUCGCCAUAGCUGAAUCAACUCCUUAUGAAUUAACAAUAAAAAGCACUCUUUGA